CGGGCUCCAGUGCUGCUCCACCACUCCCCUGUCAAAGAAGGAGCUAUCUUCUCCCCAGGACAACCCGUCCCGCUGCUGACCGGCCGGACUGCUGUGGACACUCACAGGGACCUCUCCCUGAUCGCCAGCACUAAAAACUGCCGUAGAGUGAAUGUGAUCAUCACCUGCCAGCUUGCGUUACCUGUAAGCAGGAAGCUGCCCAUGGACCUGAGUGUGACCCACAGGUUGUUACAUCCGGGACCUGAGUCGGCCAUGCUCUCCCCCCGCACCCCUUUCUUCCUGGGACCUCUCACCACUCAGCAUUGCUCUCAGUUUUCCCAGCAGCACUUGCAGUAUAACACUGAACAACGGCAAAGAGAGAUGGAGAAGAAAAGCGAAGAGCUCCAACAGUUGUUUCGAAAAAGUAAAAAUGAGCAGAGUGCUGUAGCCAGUCCACUUGUACGGCAGAAACUUCGGGAACACAUAAUCAUGAAGAGCCAGCCUACCCAUGACCGUCUUACUCCCAGUCUCUGCAGUACUCCUCCAGGAUUUGGGCGACCAGUCCCUGAUAUAUCUCCAAAGCCUCAGCCUACACCCUGUGACCAACGUAAGGACCUCGCCCUGCGUAGAACAGUCUCUGAGCCCACACUGAAAUGGAAAUUGAAGAAACUAAUCUCCACAAGGCCUAACCCACUGCAGCGUAAGAUCAGUGCCCCUGCUGCCGUCAAGCACAGGCCAGAAACCCUGGAUUCUUCACCAAGCAGCAGCAGCAACUCAGCAUCAGGGUGCAGCUCACCAAAUGACAGCCUCCAUUCAGAUAAUGGCCACCUCUCACUGGCACACGAGAGGUUGCUGAUGAAGAAUGGUAAUGUAGCACACUUUACCCUGUCCUCCAACACCACUGCAAUGCCCAGCAUCACCGCUGGACUUCCUGCACACGCUGAGAUGCGGUUAGCAAAGCCAGUGGCAGUCUCCCCUCUGCAACCUGUUUACCUGCCUCUGGAGAGAAGCAGUCAGCGCCUGCAGCCAGUGUUCAUAAUUGAACCGCGCACUGGACUGGUGCACUCUCAACUGGUCUCUCUUCACGGGUUGAAUUCGAUUCCUCAACAGCAGCAUCCUAAACUGUCCUCCCCCUCCAGAAGAGACGGCUCAGGGACUUUGCCAUCUCACAGACCUGUUGAGCGAACACAUUCAGAGCCAUUACCCUACAGCCACUCAGUCUUAUCCCUGCAUGCAAACCAUCACCCACACGCCCAGCACCCGCAAUACCACAAGAGUGGACUGGAAAGGUUCAAGCUGAAUCCACAUCUAGUCAAGUUAAAUAGCAAAUCCAUUGAGAAGACACGUCUGACUCAGAUCCCAUCGGAGGACAUGGACCUGGAGGAGACCGGAUCAGGAUCAGGUUCGGGAACAGGGUCGGUGUGCGGCUCAGAACCAGGCUCCCUUUAUGAGGACGGUCAGCGCAGGAGACAAAGCAAUGCCAGCACAGACUCGGUUUAUGACACAGAGUCCACCACCUCCUCUCGGGAGAGCUUGAUCGAGCAAUCACAUUUUCUCACUCAGAGGCCAGUCAUCCACAGAGCUGCUUUACAGCCGGAUGGACUGGGUGUGCCCACCGUUAUUUGGCCUCACCAGUCUCACCAACCUGUGAUUCGGUCCCGGUCGCUACCAGCCUCCACCUCUCUGUCUCCUGCUUCACAUCCAUCUGCCGCCAUACCUUCUCUGUCAUUGUCCAGUGCCGCUACAGAUAUCAAGUUACGCUACACAACAGGUUUGGUGUAUGAUGCACAGAUGCAAAAGCACCAGUGUACCUGUGGAGAUAACAGCCGCCACCCUGAGCACGCGGGGAGGGUCCAGAGCAUCUGGUCUAGGCUGCUGGAAAGAGGGCUGAGGAGUCAGUGUGAGUGUAUCCGCAGCAGGAAGGCCAACCUUGAAGAGCUACAAUCAGUCCAUUCUGAAAAGCAUGUUCUUACGUUUGGGAACAGCAAGUCGGACCACCGCAAGCUGGCUGGAUCUCAACCAACUUUUGUGAUGUUGCCCUGUGGAGGGGUUGGAGUAGAUAUUGACACAGUUUGGAAUGAUCAUCACACAGCGACUGCUUCCAGAAUCGCUGCAGGCUGUGUCACAGACCUGGCUCUGAAGGUGGCACAGAGAGAGUUGAAGAAUGGCUUUGCAGUGGUAAGGCCCCCUGGACACCAUGCAACUCAUUCCUCUCCUCUGGGCUUCUGUUUCUUCAACUCUGUUGCUAUUGCCGCCAAGCAGCUCCAGCAGAAGCUCAACAUCAGCAAGAUCCUCAUCGUAGACUGGGAUGUGCAUCAUGGCAACGGGACCCAAGAGGCUUUCUAUGAUGACCCAGGCGUUCUUUACAUCUCCCUACAUCGUUAUGAUGAUGGCAACUUUUUCCCUGGUAGUGGACAUCCAAAUGAGGUGGGUGCAGGUGCGGGUGAGGGCUUCAAUGUGAAUGUCGGAUGGAUGGGCGGUUUGAACCCCCCAAUGGGAGAUGCAGAAUACCUGGCUGCAUUCAGAGCUGUGGUCAUGCCCAUCGCCCAUGAGUUCUCUCCGGACGUGGUGCUGGUGUCAGCGGGCUUUGAUGCUGUUGAAGGACACCUGCCUUCUCUCGGCGGCUACAAGGUUACAGCCAAGUGCUUUGGUUUCCUGACCCGUCAGCUGAUGUCACUGGCAGGGGGCCAGGUAGUCCUCGCUCUGGAGGGGGGGCAUGACCUCAAAGCCAUCUGUGAUGCGUCUGAGGCUUGCGUCAGCGCGUUGUUGGGCAUGGAGGUGGAGCCGCUCUCCCAGUCGGUGUUGGAUCAGAAGCCUUGUGAAAACGCAGUCCGCUCUCUGCAGAGAGUCCUCCAAGUCCAGGGUGAGUAUUGGCAGAGUGUGAGGGAUUCGGCUGCCACAGCGGAUCUGUCCUACCUGCAGGCACAGAGACAAAGAGUCCGCAGAGACUCGGACAGCGAGGCGGUCAGCGCCAUCGCCUCACUGUCAAUGGGUUCCUUCACAUCUCACAGGACACAACCGGAAAAAAUGUUGGGGAAGAAGGACUCUGUCUGAGUAUACUACUGCCUGUUUCUUCAUACUAGUUCUCAGUGGAAACACACACACACACACACACACACGCGCGUACAGAUACAAAGCUAUGCAUUUGGAUCAUCACUGGAAGCUGAUGUUACAUCUCAAAACCUCCUGUAUUACUAUGUGGCUGCUGUAUGGCCACUCCCUUUCCAACACACACUGAGGAACAGCAGCCCACUGGGCCACAUUUGUAUUCCCCUGAGGUCUCUGCAGGCUUUCCUGAGGGGAUCAUUAAUAUCAUAAUGAAGAAUCUUUGCUCUGUUGUAGCACCCAGUGCAACAUGACGUAGCAUGAGCAAAGAUGAGAAAAAAACGGCAACUUCAAAUAUAUUGACACUGUUUGUUAUUCCAGAAAAAAAA